AUCGAAAACCACAAUGCAUCAUCGCAACAGCAUCCACUACAGCAGCUGAUGAUGAAGUUGAACGUGUUGUUAAAGAACGUAAUAAUUCAUCGUUGGUUAAAUUUACACGACCGAAGAUUUUUUCUGAAUACUCCGCUUCAAAAGGUGCAGUAGAUAUUAACAAUCAGAUUCGUGACAAUAUGACCUCUUUUCACGAUGUAAUGCGUGGAUCAGAUUGGGAGAUACGUGUACUUGCCUUUUUACUUAGAAUCGCCGAAGCCAAUGCAUUUAUAUCAUUUAAAAAAUGGCGUAGAGGAGCACAUGACACUUCACAUUUCGACUUUAGACGGCAAUUGGCUUUUGAAAUUCUUAAUAUGGAUUAUCUUGAUAUAAGAAAUUCAACACGAAAAACAAGCUUAAAAGAACCAACUGGGCCACUACACAAGAUAUUACCCAUUCCUAAAAGAAAAAAAACCCGAAAUAUCACAAUUUAUCCACAGCUUCGUUGUAUGUAUUGUGGUACAAGAACAAG